AUUAAUCAAACUAUUGUAACGAGUCCAAUCGGUUAAGCAGCUAAUGUUAUUCGUUUAAUGCAGUUGUUAUAUAGAAAGCAAACAUGGGAAAAGUUGUUCUGGCUGUUUUGUGUCUCUGCUGCGUGGCAGCGCUGUCUGAGGCAGCCGCAGUCCAACGACCAAAAAUAAAUCGACCGGGCGGAAUCGUUUUCAAAAAUGCUGUAACCGGCAAAGGAAACGAGAAUGAAUUGGACAAAGAAGACAAAGGGGACAUUUUCGAUAUAAAUGCAGAUACCGAUCUAAUCGACGGUGACGUCAUACCCCCUACGUCACGAAACACCCUGGUUGAUGAAGGACGUCAUUGGCCAUCCACCAGAAUACCUGUCGUUAUGGGAAGCAACCUUGGCCUUGAGGCGAUCGCCGUUAUUUUGGAAGCUAGGCAAGAAUACGAGAUGAGAACUUGUCUGACUUUUCCUGAUAGAACAGACGAGAAAGAUUACAUUGAAUAUCAAUCUCUUAGCGGUUGCUACUCCUCUGUCGGGAUGGUGGGAGGACCCCAAACCAUCUCGAUUGGUCCUGGAUGCGAGAAGAUGGCAGUUGCUGAGCAUGAGACGAUGCACGCGAUUGGAAUUUAUCACGAGCAGUCAAGAACUGAUAGAGAUCACUACGUGAGGAUUGCACUGGAAAACGUGGAUGAGGGUAAGGAACACAACUUCAACUCCUAUCCAUACAGUGUUGUUGACGACAGACGAGUACGUUACGAUUACGACUCCGUCAUGCAUUACGGUGACACCUCAUUCUCGUCCAAUGGGCAGCCCACUAUUGUGACCCUUGACCCUGCAUUCCAAGAUGUGAUUGGUCAGCGUAGAACCUUUAGUGAGGGAGAUGUGACAAAGAUAAACCGAAUGUACAAAUGCGGAGACACGCUUCGUUAUUCAUACAACUGUAAUUAUGAGGAUGAAACAGUAUGUGGGUACGUGCAAGACUUUACCGAUAGUGGGGAUUGGGUGAGACACAUUGUUGGGGCUUCUCCUUCAGUACCAGUUACUGGAGUCUUACCUACAACUGAUGGAAGUACUGGAGUGGCAGGAGAAGGUAGUUAUAUGUUAUUGGACACAAGUGCUGCCACAUCCUCCAUGUAUUCAAUGAAAUACAAAUCCACUGUUGCUCAACAAUGCUUGGAAGUUUCUUAUUAUAUGGAUUUGCAAACUGGAAGCACUGCUUCUCUCGAGCUUGCCAUUGCAACUAUUGACCCAGUUAAUGGGGAUGUCCUUUCUGUUGGUUCUCCUGUUACAACUUUGUCUGGCGACCAUGAAGGAUUAUGGAUGACUGAGCGUGUAACUAUCUCUGCACCAAGUGAAUACAAACUCGCAAUCAUUGGAAAUGGACACAAUAUUGCUGGUGAUGUCAUAGCCAUUGAUGAUGUGAGUGUCCUUGACAAGCCAUGUGAGAUGACUUACUUUGUGGUAAAUGAUUAUUCACAAAUACUAGCCACGUCAGCGCGAGGAGAUUACUUCUACAGUCCACUAAUGUAUACAGAUGAUGGUUAUGGAUUCCAAGUUAAGAUAUACCCAGUUGGAUCCUCUAACAGUAAGGACGGAUACAUGGCCAUGUACUACUAUGUAGCACAAGGGGUGAAUGAUGACAGUCUACAAUGGCCAAUGUAUAACAGAUACAUAAAGUUCAGCAUUGUGGAUCAAGGGCCUGAUGCUCUAACAAGGAUGACUCAAGCUAAUAGCAUCCUGUCAAGUUCUUCUGGUGGCUCGUGGGAUAAACCUACAUCGACUAGAAACAGUGGUUAUGGAUUCUCCAGUUUCAUGUCAGUCAGUGACAUCCAGAACACUAGACAUUUCCUUAAGCAUGAUCAGCUGAUGGUGUCCAUGCAAGUUACAGAUAUGACAUCCUGGACCACACGCUCUGCACCCAAUGUUGCAUCAUACAGUGAGGAAGAAAAAACUAUUGAUGAUGUCAUGGAGAGACCAAAAUGUGCAGAAACUGAAAUGAAUAAUGAUGAACUUAACCAAACUGCAGCAAUAGCUAUUGUUUCCCUCACAACUGCUUCUGUCUUUGUCAUAAUGAGCCUUGUGAUGAUGUACAUAUUCUGGUCACGGUCCAGCGAACUCUCUAAGGUUAUGAAGGGAUUCAGAAGAAGCCAUACAGAAAAAUAAAAGAUUCAUGAAAUAAAUUGAAACUUUUGACUAAUUUUGUGUUAUGUGCAAUUGGCGUGAAAUAAAUCUUAUAUGCGAUGUAUUAUUAAUUAUAUAUGCAAUGUAUGUGUAUUAAAAAUGAUGGAAAUAAAAUUGCGCCAAAUUA